AUGAUUGCUCCUAUUCUGUCAUUACUGAGUAACAUUAUUGCAUUAAUACUGAUUAUUUUAAGUAUCAUACAAUGUACUGCUAAAAAAGCUGAUAAGCCACCGGCACCAGUAGGAGGCGUAGCCGCUCCGGCAGCAGCUGCGCAUCCUAGCGAGGAAAAGAAAGAAGAGAAGAAAGAUGAGAAGAAGGAAGAGGAAGGUGAGAAGAAGAGCAAGAAAUCGGAACAAGAAAAGAAGGAGGGUGAAGGUGGUGAGGGGGAGAAAAAGGGUGAUGAAAAAAAGGAAAGUGAAGGUGAGAGGAAGGAAGAGGACAAGAAACAGGGGGAGGGUGAUAAGAAAGAGGAGGGUAAAAAGAGUGAAGAGAAGGGGGAAGAAAGAAAAGAGGGAGAGGAAGAGAAAGGUGAAAAGAAGGAGGGUUCCAAGAAGGAAAGUUCCAAAAAGGAGGGAUCAAAGAAAGAGGAAGAGAAAAAAGGUUCGAAGAAGGAAAGUUCCAAAAAGGAAGGAUCAAAGAAGGAAGGAUCCAAGAAAGAGGAAGGUGAGGGUGAAAAAAAGGAAGAGGAAGAAAAGAAAGAUGAAGAGAAGAAGGAUGAAGAGGAGAAAAAGGAUGAGUAA